UAAGAAGGUACUUCCUCCCUGUUUAAUAAUUUACCAAUAAUUAUUAAAUUGUAGAUAUUGAAGAUGUGUUUGUCUGGAUAUUUUCUCAUCUUUCUUAGUCUGCUGCUAACUGCUUCACUUCUGGGUCAGUCUGCUAAUGAAGAGUGUUCUCUGUUUGUGGGUGUAAUGUUUCCUCCAACUGCACCUAACAAGAGUCUGUCCAAAGGAUUUACUGGUGUGAGACGUGCCAUCGAAAUCAUCAAUAACUCAUCCUUGUUGAGUGGCUAUAAACUGCACAGUAUGCAUCUGGACACAGAGUGUAACAGAACGCAAGCCUUGAAGCAAUUAUUUCAACUGGGUACGGGUGAACAAAAGAGUGUUGCGGUGAUUGAUGCCGGUUGCUCUACUGCUACUGAAGCGACUGCAGAGAUUUCGCACUUGUUUGGAUAUUCUCAAAUAUCUUGCCAGUCAUCUUCACCAGUGCUCACGAACCGGGAUCGGUUUCCUAGGUAUUUCCAGCUUUUACCGAGUAUUUCUGAGAUGGCCCAUCUUUUUGCUGAAAUUGUGAUUGAGUUUCAUUGGACUCACGUGGUUGUCUUUGUUCAAGAUACAGUUGUUUACAAAACGGUAGCAAAUGAGGUCACAACCCUCUUCAAUCAGCUUAACAUUACUCAUACCAGCUACAUUAUAGCAACUAAGAUGGGAAUAUCGAGCUUGGACCCUCCACCGUUUGAGAACAGCGAUGAAAGGAUUUUCAUCAUUGCCACUGAUGAAAACGUUGCAGUUGACCUUCUCUGUACUGCGUACAGAAAAUGGACUCAACCAGUCCUACGUGUGUUCAUCACUCAGUUUUAUUCUCGAACUUGGUAUGACAACUACAACGACUCCAAUUGCCAAUUAAAAACAGUUUUACACCUAUCGUUUUCUGUGGCCUAUUUUAAGCCAGUUACAGAGGAUAAGUAUGAUCCUUAUUGCUACGAUGCCACACUAUUCCUGGCAACUGCUCUGAAUCAAUUACUGAACAAACGUGUAUGGGAGUCCAACUGCUCUCAAACUGAAGGAGGGGCUGUACUCGGUCUGGAUAAUGUCUUUAGAACAUUACAAAAUCUUAGUGACCAAACGAUUACUUUUGGUGAAACAGGAGAAGUGACGUUUAAUGAGUUUGGUGUGAGAACAAUAAAAACCACACCUGUAUUUCAGUUUAGAUACACUCAGCCUGAAGGUGUGCAGGAAAAGAGCUUGGAACUUGUCAACUUUGGCUUAUUUAACAAAAGUGAAAUAACAAACUACAUUCUUGUCUAUAAUGAUAAUGAAAGCAACGUAACAGUGUUCCCUGAUGGUAUUCCAUAUGAUGGCAAGGUAGUAACCAUUGUGACUACUUUAUUUCUUCCUGUAACCGUUGGUUUUGGUAUCCUGGCCAGUGCCGGUAUUAUUUUUGCAUUUUCUUGCCUUAUCUUCAACUUUAAGUUUCGAAAUCAUAAAGUUGUUCGACUAACUAGUCCAACGCUGAACUACUUCAUUAUCACUGGCGCUGCGCUCUUUUACAUUGAUGUGUAUUUCUUCACGCUUCCAACUUACAAAGAAGAAGAUGUUCGUUUGACUUGUAAUGCUGAAACGUGGUUUACUGUUGUUGCUUACACACUUUGCUUUGGGACAAUAAUGGCCAAAAUGUUUCGAGUUUGGCUUAUCUUCAGAAACCCAAAGCCAAAAAUGAGACUGGUAAUCAGUGAUUGGUGGUUAAUAGCUGCAGUGAUGGCACUACUAGGAGUGGAUCUUAUAAUCCUGACUGUGUUCACCAUCAUUGAGCAGGCUGGAAUUGGAGGAGAACUUAUUAGACUGACCAAGAGUCUAGAACAUACACAAGAUGAGGAUGGAGUAGUACGUGUUCAAUAUCUUCGCUACUAUUGCGACUCGAAGCCUCAUGACAUCGUGUCUGGAUUUUUCUAUGCCUUUAAGGGACUACUUCAAGUGGUUGCUUUAGUGUUGGCCUUCAUGACUCGCAAAGUGAAAGUGAAAGGUCUUGAUGAUGCCAAAUACAUUGCUGCCAUUAUCUAUAUCACAAGUAUCAUAAUCGGUGUGCUAACAGUUAUUGAGUACAGCCUUGAUGACUACAUCAAUGCGUAUGCAUCAAUUUUCGCUACUGGGCUAUCUCUUAUUCCAACGUGCGUUCUGCUUUUGGUCUUUGUACCCACAAUGAUUCGACUGUACAAAGACCCCAAAGGAGAAAAUGUGUUUGCUGCUCCUCACACCAUUUCCACGGUUGGUGAUGAUCAAGCUAUUCUCACUCUGAGGACCAGAGUGAGAGAGCUGGAAAAUCUCUUACUAUCAACGGUUCCUGAGGACAAAAACAACCCCCAGAACAAGUUAACUCAACUUGAGCACUAGCUAGGGUAACAACUCAUAAACAAACCUUUCAUGUACAUGUAUAUACUGCUAGACUGUAGUCUGUGUGAUUUUGUGCAAGUAGUUGGUUGGAAAAUUCUUCAUAAACUGUAAACAUUGUAAUUAAUGUAUGGAUUACUAUACUUCAAGUGUAUUUUGUAUUUGUUGGUGAACGUUCGUUGCAGCUUUUUUUUUAGCUUUUUUUUCAUAUUAAAUGGAAUAUUUAGGUACGAUAACAGUUUGGAAUUUUCUUUUAAAAAAACCUUGUUCUUGGUUUCCAUG